AUGUCAUCACCCCCCGAUAUCGAUCCAUAUGCCGUCCUCGGUGUUUCUAAAGAAGCCCCCCUGUCCGAGAUCCGAGCCGCCCAUCGCAAACGGGUCCUGAAAUGCCAUCCCGACAAGAUCCAAGAUGAGUCGCAACGGAAUGUGGCCCAGGAUGAGUUCCAAAAAGUCCAGCAGGCCUAUGAACUGCUGUCGGAUGACACGCGACGAAACCGAUACGAUCAACAAGCCAAACUGGCCGAGUUGAAACGCGAGCUUCUGGAACGCAGGCGGGCCGACUCGGCGUAUUCAUCCCCGCGAGGGAGUGGUUCCAGUGCCCGUGAAUAUCGCGAAGGCCGAAUCGUGGAGGAACGAGUGCCCGCCGAGGUCUUUUUGGAUGAAGCCAUGCGCUUCACCGAUUCGCCCCGUCCCAUGUCCCGCAAAUUCGACGAGUUUGGCAUGCGACCCAAGCCCAGAGCCGCCGAGGAAAAGAAGAAACCCCGGGCGCCGACCAGCAGCUACCGCGCUGCGAAGGAAUUGGCCCGUGAAACGGCCAAAGCGACACAUUCCGACCGUGCCAAACACCGCGACAAGGAGCGCCGGCGACAGGCGUCGGAGAAGUUCGACCGUUUCGGUCCGUAUGAAGAGUCCAGCGACGACGGCUCUGACUCGAGUGAUUCUGCCUAUGAUCUCCCGAAACGGCCCUCGGCAUCCCGGCGAGAACGCGAGUUGCGAUCCCGUCCCGCGGAGUUUACUCGUCGACGCGAACGCCGCUUCGACGAUGACUACGGAGACCAGCUGAAAUCCAAACUCAACAACAUGCGUGCCGACGCGGAAGAUUACAUUGAGCGUUCCAAAUUCGAUGUUGAUCGCCGACGACGGCUGUCUCGGUCCCCACCCCGGCACCGUGGUUACGAGUCGACGGAACCAGAGUCGUCGGCUUCACGGCGCUCGGGACGGUCCACCCGCUCGACCCGACAUCGCUCCUCAUCCCGCAAUGAUUCCUACGAGCAUCUGGAGUCGCGCAACUACGAGAAACCACCCAAGAUGCCCACCGCAACGACGUCGCCCAGCCUCAAGAACCUCGUCCGGCCAGCGUUCUUGUCUUCGCGAUCCGCCACCACGUCCGCAUCAGGCUUUACCCGGCCCAAGCGUGAGGGAUCCAGUCGCCCAGACCCAGAUCUCUACAACAUGUCCCGCGAACCCAUCCCGCCGCGGCCGUCGAAAUUGCGGGAGCGGAACGAUUCCGGGUAUUCGAGCCCCAGCACACCCGAGAUGCCACCCCCGCGAGGCAAUUCCCCCAAGACGUCUCGCUAUAAGAUUGUGACCGAGCCCGAAGCCCAUGUGAUCGAACCUCUCUUGUCCAAGUCGUCCAAGUACCGCGGGUCAACAUCGCCCGACCGCGUUGAACGCAGUGCUUCAUCCGCACGGAUGCCGCACCCCAAGCGGGGCAGCAGCUACACUACGUACAUCCCCGAAUCAGCUCCCCGGGUCGAAGUCCGGCCCUCGCGGCCGUCACGGCCCGCUCACGGGGAUGUGGAAUAUACGACGCGCGUCAAGGACCAAGAUGUUAAAUACACUCGCGAGAUCCGGCCGGGCGAUGCCACCAUUGCGCCAGGGCGCUCGCGCUAUUAUUACGACGACUACCACCAUCCUCCUGUGGGCCGACGCCAGUCAGCCCAUGCUUGA